AUGAUUUGGACAUACACCCAAGCAGCUGGUAUCAUCACCACUGUUUGUGUGUAUGAAGAUCUCUUAUUCUCUGUAUCAUUUAACAAAUUUUUCAGAUGUUACACUAGACAGGACCACAAAUUGAAAGCUUUGUAUUAUGGAGCAGACAGAGGACUGGUUACACAGAUGACAGUUAUUGAUGAUAAGAUAAUUACUGGUAACAGAAAUGGAAUUGUAGAAGUAAUUCCUAUCAACAGAGAUAAAGAAACAAUGUGCCAGUUUGAAGGCUGUUGCCAUGUUUUUGGAAUCAAACCUCAUUUAUUAUCUCAUGUGAUGUCUGAUCAUGUGACACCUGACACAAAAAUGUUUCGUUGUCUAUGGAGAGGAUGUAAGGAUUGGUUAUCAACAAAAGAAGGUCAUCAGGAAGCAGAGGAGCACAUGAAACUUCACAUAUUUACCUGAUUGACAUCUUAAUGCUCCAAUGAUGCAACAUUGAUAAAGUUGUGUAAGUGGUGCUCAUAGAAUCCCAUCAAUUCACCUGGUGCUGAUAGAAAGACAUAGAGACACAAAUAUGAUUUAUAGAGAAUAUUCCUAAAAGGGA